AUGUGGGAAGAUCCAGAGGGAGUCUGAGUUCGCUGCCAACGUGGACUGUGGCUGGCUGUCCUGGGGUGUCGGCCUGCUGCUGGUGAAGCCUCUGAAGUGGACCUUCUCCACUCUUCUGGGGAGCAGCCGGGUUCCUCUGGAGGAGUCCUUCGUUGUCAUUGAACUCGUGAAGGAGAAAGCAGCAGAACUACUGCAGGUGUACCGGAGCAGCGACUACGCCAGCAGCUCCAUCCUGUCGUUUCAGGAGCUCUGCACUCUCUCGUCUGACGUCUGCGCCGACGAGAGCACCCUGUGCAUGGCUCUACUGCAGCUGCAGAGGGACAAACAAGUGACGGUUUCACUGCUCGAAGGCGAGAAGAUUGUUAAGUUUUGUCCACCCGGGCAGGAUCGCGUGUCCCCCGUCAGCGAGGUGGAUAUAGGAAUCUACCAGCUGCAGCGCAGUGAGAAGCUGCUGGGAGAGCGGGUGGAGAAACUGGGCCUGGAGGCGGACAAAUGCAAAGAGGAAGCAAGGACUCUGCUCCGGGAAGGGAAGAAAUCACAGGCGCUGAGGUGUUUGAAAGGCCGCAAGAGGGUCGAAAAGAGAGCGGACAACUUGUUUGCCAAGCUGGAGUCCAUCAGAGGAAUCCUGGACCGGAUAGCUCAGUCGCAGACCGAUAAGAUGGUGAUUCAGGCGUAUCAGGCCGGAGUGUCGGCCCUGAGGCUGUCGCUGAAGGAUGUGACCGUGGAGCGAGCCGAGAACCUCGUGGAUCAAAUCCAGGAGCUGUGUGACACUCAAGACGAGGUGAACCAGACUAUAUCGGGUGGCGUGACCAGUGCAGAUGAAGACAUGGACGAGUUGGAGAAUGAACUGAAAUCUUUGUUGGACGAGUCGAAGCCGGAUUCUGUCUCAGGUUUACCUGAAGUCCCGACGGGCGGUCUGCGGGCCCCGGGGGAGCCGAGCCUCCCGGGUAACGACCUGCUCGACUCUCUGCCGGCCGUACCGUACAGGCAGCUGGAUAUCAGCGCGGAGCAGCUGGAGGAGGAACUCAAUCAGUUAACUCUUACAGAUUCAG